UGAGCAAAAAACAAAAAGCUGAAAACUCUUUCUCUUUUUUUUUUUUUUGUUCGUAACCGAGCCUUUCACAUUCACUCAAACACUUUAACUCUGUCUCUCUCGAAAUGCUUCCAACGAGAGCUCUCACUCACACUCUCGGCGUUCCCUGGACGGAGCCCGAAAACGACGCCGUUACAGGGGACGCCGCUCUCUUAGCGUCGUUCAAGUCAAUGCUGGACCGUGACUGGUACAUGGACCAACCUCACUGUGAUUUUCUCCAAAACGACGCUGCGUUUUUGGAGCACCCUUUGGGUUCGUCUUCUUCUUCUUCUUCUUCUCUGCCUCAGCAGCAACACUUCGUGGUGCCGCCAAAACCGUGCUACUUCAACGUGAACGGGAAUGGUCCUUUGGAAUGUGGCUUCGAGUUGGGGUCUCAGAGCAGUUUCCUCGCCCCGUUUCCCGUGAACGCGCUCGAGCUCAGUCUGGACCCCGAGUUCCCGGCGAGCAAACCCGGUGGUGGGUUGAUUCGCCGGGAAGAGAAGCAGCGGCCUCUCGACGCACUUGCUCCAUCCACUCUGUAUCAGAAGCGGACGGAGCGGUGGCGAGAGGCCGGGAAGGCGGAGGAAUUGGCGAUGCCGCCACCGCCGCCACCGCAGUUGGCGAUGGAGAAGAGGAGGAAGAGGGGUGAGCAGGGGGAGGAUGAGGGAGGGUUGAAUUAUGAGUCUGGUGAGGAUAUGAAGUUGGAGGAGAAUGGUGUUGAUGCAAAUAACAAUGAUAAUGAUAAUGAUGAUGAUGAUGAUGAUGAUGAUGGUGAUGGUGAUGGUGAUAAUGGGAAUGGUGGUGGUGGUGGUGGAGACCAGAAGGGGAAGAAGAAGAAGAAGAAGAAGAUGCCGGCGAAGAAUCUCAUGGCGGAGAGGAGGCGGAGGAAGAAGCUCAAUGAUAAGUUGUACAUGUUAAGGUCUGUUGUGCCUAAUAUUAGCAAGAUGGAUAGGGCCUCAAUACUAGGGGAUGCCAUUGACUACUUAAGGGAGUUACAAGUGCGAAUUACUGAUCUUAAUCAUGAACUAGAAUCAGGCCCGCCUGGCUCAUCCCUUCCACCUGCUGCAAGCUUUCACCCUGUGACACCCACUCUGCCUACCCUUCCCUGCCGGGUGAAGGAAGAAAUAUGUCCUAUCUCUCUGCCAAGUCCUAAAAACCAAUCAGCAAAGGUGGAGGUUACGGUAAGGGAAGGGGGAGCUGUCAAUAUCCAUAUGUUUUGUGCCCACAGACCAGGUCUUUUACUUUCUACCAUGAGGGCAAUGGAUAGCCUUGGAUUGGAUGUUCAGCAGGCCGUAAUCAGUUGUUUCAAUGGUUUUUCUUUAGAUGUGUUUAGAGCUGAGCAAUGCCGAGAAGGCCAGGAUGUCCUUCCAGAGCAAAUUAAAGAAGUAUUGUUGGACACAGCAGGUUUCCAUGGAAUGAUGUGAGAGUAGUUCUUGACAAAUGCUAUCCCAAUAGACGCACUAACUGUAGUUGCUGUAGCAUGCAGUUUGUAAAUGCCAUUGCUUAUUCUAGUCUGUAAAGCUGUGUCUAGGCUAAGAUCAAGAAGGGUUAGCCAAUAUCUGCAUUGGGAGGAAUUAGCUCCUUUAUUUUCCUGAAUUUCAGCAAACUUAUAUUGUUAAUUGUUAUGGAAUAAAUUGUUUUGUUCGCGAUUC